AAUCCUCACUCGGAAGUGACGUCAUUUCUGCUGUCGUCCGUUCUGAAAUAAUUUUUGCGACUAUGAAGCUUCGUGUUUGACAGCAGCACGAGUAGUCUUCGAAGUGCAUCAUCGAUGUUUUGUUUUGAUCUGAGAUCAAAAGAGGUCAGAUUUUUAUAGAUCUAAUGAGAGUGUUAGAGGAAAGCAGGGCACAGAUAUACACAAUGGGAAAAAGCAAAAAACAUCGAAUACGAAAAAGCAAGGAAAAUGAAGCAGAGGAAUCCAGUGAUGAAGCAGCUAGUAGUAAUGCCAGCAAGUGCAGUCAUAUACAAAAGGGAGUUAACAUUGCAGCUGUGCGGAAGGCCAUUCAAAAGCCAACUUGCACCAUAGGAGAAUGUACCAACUGCUCUGCUGAAGCCUCAAAAUCUGGAGCAAAGGAUCUGUUUGGACUUCCUUUGGAGGGAGCAGCUGCUUCUGUUGCAGAGGAUUCAGAAAUAGAGCCAACAAUCUGGGUCUGUUUGCAAUGUGGCCAUCAGGGUUGUGAUCGUAAUUCACGAGAAAAACAUGCACUAAAGCACUUCCAAACACCUCAUUCUGGAGAUCACUCGAUUGUUGUUAAUCUAGCCACCUGGGCAGCUUGGUGCUACAAUUGUGAUAACAACAUACCAGUAGAGUCGAGCAAGAGAAUACAAGAAUGUGUAAAUUUUCUCCGCAAGCAGUUCGGCUUGCCUUCCACAGAAGUGUCUCAUAUGGCAGGUCUCAGAGGAACACAGCAAACUAGUCAGUCAGAUAUGUCACCUACAGAUCAAACCACAUCAUCUUCCCAGCUACGACUUGACAAGGCACAGGUUGGAACCAAAACUGUUCCUAUUGCUUGCCACAAAGUCAAGGGUUUAAACAACCUUGGCAACACUUGCUUCUUUAAUGCAGUUAUGCAGAAUCUCUGCCAGACCCAUAGUCUUGAAGCACUACUAAUAACCACUUGUAAAAAUGGUCGCACUUUAACCAUAUCUGGUCAUCAAGAACAUGGUGACUUUGACCACAGCAUCAGCAUAGAUGGAGAUGGAGAAGAUGAAGGAAAAGAAAAAAUGAAGGAUUUGCCACCCAUAGACAUUGUACCAUCUGAGGCAGGCCCCCUGACACAGUCAAUGCUAACUUUUGUGCAAGAAAUGAACAACGGUAGUGCACAAGCAACAGUCAAUCCAAGUGUUUUGUUCAGUCAAGUAUGCAAAAAGGCUCCAAGAUUUAAAGGUUUCCAGCAACAAGAUAGUCACGAGUUGCUUAGGUACCUCUUAGAUGUUAUUCGAAGUGAGGAAAUAAAGAGAGUACAAUGUGGUAUUUUGAAAUUCUUCAAGCUAGCAGAGAAUACCAACCCUAAGAAGGUUGACGAGGAAACCAAAAUGAAAGUAAAAGAAUAUGGGCGACAAGUGAAAUUUACAUUUUUGGACAGUUUAUUUGGGGGUAGGCUAGUUAGUACCAUCACAUGUGAAGAAUGCAGCCAAAUUUCACAGAUUUUUGAGCCCUUCCUAGAUUUAUCUUUACCAGUCACUGAAGAGAAGCCUCAGCGACCCAACCAGGGGUUUGGGGGUAAACGCAAAGACAGCAUGUCUGUGACAGCAAAUGCCGAAGCAGAUGCACAGGAGGAAGCGGCUGUGUCAUUUGGUGUUAAUAGAUAUGCUGCUAACCCAAACAAACCUACCAAGUACCAGGAACGUAAAAACCGUCGCCAGGCCAAGAAAGAAGCCAGGAGAAAGGACAGAAAACCAGUAGCAAAAAGCUUCAGUCAGCAGAAAAAUGGUGACGAUGGCAAAAGAUGUAGCGAUGACGAUAAAGAAGAUGGUUUUGGUGAGCAUGGAGAUGAACAUGCAAUAGAGGAAGCUACUGAUGAUAAAGAAAAACAAGAGACUGUAACAGAACAAAGUGCGGAGAAUGAUGAAGAGGGGAGUAGCACAGGCGAAGACCAGUCGGAUGCUGAUGUAGAAGAUAACAUUGAAUGUGAGACUUCUCGGUACAAUCCUUCUCACUCCAAUCACUGUGACAAUAUAUCUUGUAACACAAACAAUCAGACCAUCAACUUCAAUGAUUCUGGCAUUUACGAACUGCCAAUCAAAGGCAAUGUCAACAUGUUUAAAGAGAACCAUAUAUUGCCUUCUUAUUCCAAAGAACCUUGUGACACCUAUAAUACAUUCAUCAAGGAUGGAAACAAAUUUAAGAAAUGUGCUAUUGAUCCUACUGAGAUUGAUGACAGUAACUUCAAAAGGACGCAAACUGAGAAAGAUGCUAAAUUAUCUUCACAAGGUGGUAGUAGUGAACUAAGCUCUCUAGAUCAUUCUGUUGGUGACAACAUUGGGAUGAUGCCAUCCUCAGCACCUGAUGCACGGGAUAUAUCUGUCUUGGGCUCCCUAGAACCUGCUGAGAAUUCUGAAUCUAUUGGAGGUAAAUCUGAAGUGAGUUUUUGUGCAGAGUUAAAGGUUCUCAAAGGACCUAAUGUGACAGGAUUAGAGAAAGAGCUUGAAGAAAAGCUUGUGGUUGAGUCAGGAGAAGGCAUGGUUGGUGAGGGUGGUGGUGAUGGAAGUCAUGAUUGCCCAUCAGCAGAAAGAAAGAUGACUUUGAAUAAUGUUACACCCAAACCACCGAAGGAGCUAUAUCACGAAACACGAUGCAAAGUCCAGACCACCAAAGCCCCACGCUACCAGCCCAGCUCCAUGGAGUGCUCUGUCAUGUCUUGUCUUCAUCAGUUUACAGCUGCUGAACUUUUGACAGGCUCAAAUAAAGUUGGCUGCAAGAGCUGCUCUCUUACCAGGCUCAAAACUUCGUCUAACAAAGAGAAACACCUGCCUGAAAUGAUUUUAUCAAAUGCCAGCAAGCAGUAUUUGAUUAUGACCCCUCCAGCUGUUCUGACCCUCCAUCUGAAACGAUUUGAACAGGUGGGCUACACCUCCAGAAAAGUAAAUCGUCAUGUGGAUUUUCCUGCUGUUCUUGACUUGGCACCAUACUGUAGUUCUCUCUGUCAGGGGGUAAGAGCUAACCAAAGGAAGAUCCUUUAUUCACUGUAUGGAGUUGUAGAACACAGCGGGCGCCUUUCUGGUGGUCACUAUACAGCCUACGUCAAAGUUCGACCUAGUUUAGAUCCUCUUUCAAGCUUUCUUCGCCCAUGUUUGUCUGGUCACCAUGAUAUUAUUCAAAGAAAUGCUGAACAGGUGAUGAAUGGCAUUUGUGCCUCAGAAGAUGAUACUGCAGCAGCUGAUGAAGCUCCCAAUGAAGCACUUGUGCCUCCAGGUCGCUGGUACCAUAUUUCAGACAGCAGAAUAAAUGAAGUCACUGAAGAAACAGUACUCAAAGCACAAGCCUACCUUUUGUUUUAUGAGAGGAUAUACUAGAUGUUAAUUAUGUUGAUCUCUAUUUCUUGCCAGAAAGUUUCUAGCAAAAUGUUACUGAGGCCUAUGUAUGAAAGAAAGUUUUAGUACAUGCACACCUGAGGUGCAGCUUUUAUACAUGCUUUUGAAAUACUGUUAGGAAACAUAGUUAUAGAAAGAGGUAAGUUCAAAUGUGUUUUGAAAUUGUUUUAGAAUAAAGUUCUAAUAAUAUUUGCAAACAAGACUAUUCCUCAGUCACUUGAGAAAAUCGAUGUUUACAUCUGCAUAUAUUUGUGACCUUUUAUAGUCUUUUGGCUUUUGUUUCAAUUGUUUGGUGUUACUUUGACUUAUUUGGGGUUUUUUUUGUUUUUAAAGUAGUCUCUGGUUCCUUUUUUAAAAAAAAUAGAUGCAUUGUGUGUUGCUGAUAUUUGUGACACACACAGGUUCUACUUUUGUUUGGUACAGUUUCGGCUUGCUGAGAUAUAUAUUUUAUUGUCUGCCAGUAUAUUAUUUAAGACAGAAAAUGCUAAUCCACUUAAUGAGCUGUAAUUACAUUUACUGCUUUUUGCAGCACCUUAUCAAUUAAGCAUCUGUUGAAUCAACUCAGGGUUUGGCACUUCAAAAUGUGAUAUCAGUGAUGACUUUUUUCCAAGUAGUUGUGUCUUUGCAUCCCCAGGACAGGGGUGUUAACAAUUAUUCACAUUAACAGCAUUCAACACAAGAUUAAUUGGCUUUAAUGGUACAUCCAGCAGUAGUAGUAGUGAUGCAGGAAUGCCCUUCUUGUUUUGCAUGGCCAGAAUCAGAAUUUCAACAGUGUAUAGAGAUAAAAGAUGAUUAUGUGUUCAACUACAUCUCUGUUGGCUCUUUUUUGUACGUAUUUAAUUUAUAAUAUUUUGGCGCUUAAAAUCAUUUCAGCAUAUUGAUUCAGUAAAACAAUAUCUAAUGGGGAGAACAUGUUAUGUUGAGGCUUCGUGUAUACAUUAAAAAAUGUGUGCAUGCACCACAGUCCAACGAAAAAAACUUGAAUGGUGUUGCUGAUAAAUCUGUGCACAUGUGAUUUGAUGCUAUUUACUGUUAUAAUCUUUUCCCUGACAUAAUACAUAGAUACUUGUUCUGCUAUCCUUGUAGUCAUGACUGGUGCAUUAAACGAUUAAAAAUUAUGUAUAUUUUCUUUAUUGAUGUUUAUUCAUUACUAUGUAGCCCAUGUCACACUACUUGCUCUCUUGUUGUUUCCCUCCAUAUGCUUAACAGGAAAUAGAAUUAGCACACACACACACAAAAUAACGAUCUGAUGCACAUGGCAAAUGGUUAUUGAUUCACAUACUAUGUGAAUGCUGCAGAAAUGUGACCUAUACACACAUGUACAUGCUGGCACAUGUGCCUGUGUGCAUGGACAUGCAUCCCGAUGGGUUUCAGAAAGUGAAUGUGCUUAGAGUUGUCAAUAGUUUUGAGGAUCUAUUAAAUUUUGAGAAGCACAAUGAGCUUGGCUCAAAUCAGAGAUUAUAGUUCAAUAAAGUACAGUAUGAAAAAGCACUAAGAUAUCAAGUUAUGGUGAAAGGCUAACCUUAUAAGUGGACAAAAUAGGUUCCAUUUAAAGCCAAGAACUUGCAGAACAAUGAACAUGUGCAGAUACUUGCAAAUACUAGCAUAUUUGACAGUGCAGGCAAGUAAUGGUAUUGUUUUGUAUCUUGCCAAAGCUUUUAAAUUUCCUUUGCAAAUUAUUAAAAAAAAUUGUUUUUAAUUUUUACUUCUUAGUGAGAGUCAAUUUUUCUGUAAAGAUCUUUGAUCUUUUGUUGUUGUGCCUUUGUCAAAGAUGGCAGCCAUAUGCCAUGAAAAUAAUGUUUACCAUAGAGUGUUAUUUUCUAGAACUGCCAUGCAGUUGUAAAGAAUGUGUGUAAAGAGAAGGGCUUGACAUCUUUAAUAAAAGGAAAGUAAAAUUUUGAAUUUUCUAAUAAAUGUUUGAAUAUGAAAGCACACAAUCUAUCUUUUGUCAGGAUGUGGAGAGGUGAGAGAAGAAGCGGAGUUCAUUUGUUAUCACUUUUCUUUUUUUGUUAGGCUGAAGAGUUCCAGAGCAUUUUCUGCAUGGAUAAAAGAAUUGUACUUGUUAAAAACAUUCCGAAAUUUUAAAAAAUAGGGUAAUUUUUAGCAAGUUCUUAGCACAUUUUAAGAGCAGAACACUGUUGUACUUGAUGAUUUACUAAACUGCAUGCUGCUAAAAUGUUUAAAAAUAUAUCACAAGUUUUGGUCAUGGGUAAGACAAAGAGGUAUUUUUGUAACAAAAUUUGACAUGUAAUACACAUGGAAAAGUGUCAAAAAUUGAUCAAAAUUUGAAAGAAUUUGGUUUUUUAAAAAAUGGAGAAUGAUGGCGUUAUUUUGAGGUAAAAAAGACAAGCCAUUCAAAAAACAUAGUAGACAACCCCUUCACCAUAACAUUCCUUGCUCCUCUGUUGCCCCAAACCCGGAAAGAAAUCAAAUGAAAUGUUGGAUUUACAUGCUUUUUCAUGUCAGUGGGUGAACAAUAGUGGGCAUGAGAGAUAAGGGGACCAUAAAUGCAAGAGUUUGUGCAUGCAUGUACACCUCUAGAAAAAUCACUUUCAGUUAUUGUAGGUAUUGAGAUAGUUAUUUAACUCAUUAAAUGGACGUAUCAAUGAGACGUAGCUAUGAAGACAUUCGCAUUCACAUAUGUGAACUGUAUAGGAAGCAUUAAGACUUAUUGUAAGAGAUAAAAAGUCAUUGACCCUAAGGUCAAUUAUUGCAUUUUUAUAUGAACAUGGUUUCUGUUAACUAAACAACACGUGCUUAUAGAGCGGCCCAAAAAUUUCUAAAGGAUAACGAAAAUGUAAUUUGUUAUUUUUUUAUUUGCAGUUAAUUUAAUUGAAUGUUUUAUAUGGUAUAAUUUACAAAUUGAAGAAAGUCGUUAGGUAUGUUUGGGAAAUAAUGUGUUAUGCCUGCUCUUUCCUAGUUCUUUUAAGCUUUACAAAGAGGAUUGAUGCUCCUGGUUAUUUUUAUUCUAUCAUUUUCCAGUCCAGGCUUUUUCAUGUAGAUGGGACAUGGUCUUCUGCAUCAUAACAGGCUGCUUGCAGAAUUGUUACCAAAGAUUAUCCAUUAAAGAACAGUUGAUGGGGAUUUUUUAGGUAUUGGCAGGGGAUGGCUCAUUUUAUAAUAUUUGAUUUUAGAGAUUAAAACUAUAAUCUUUUUGUUUGUACUAGUGUACAAUUUUGGAUCACUUAUUUCUAGAAGAUGAAGACUUACAAUGGAAACUAGAAACUCUUCACAAGUUUUGGAUCACACUGUAGUGUUGGAAACCUGUAAGAAGUUUUUGCUAUUUAAAAUAUUUGCUCAAAGCUAGUAAAAAGAAAUAAGGACAGAGACAAUGGAUCAAAGUCAUUUGAUAUCUGUGGCAGCUAUUUCUACAAAGUUUAUCUUGUAAUUUGAGAGCCAGCAACAGAUGGACUACAAUGUCAAGAGAUUACUGCACAGCUGUGUUCAGGGAUAUGUACAAGGUAGCUUAUUUUGCCAUGGUUAGUAGUUUGUACCCAACUUUUUGCAUUUCGUGUUUAAGAUAAGUAUGUCAAGAAGGGUUUUAGUGCUGUUGUGUAAUUCUCCAGUUCACUUGUUUAUCAACAGUAGAUGCUAUUUUAUAAGCAUGCUCUGCUUCUCUACAUCGACUAGUUAUUUAUGCUGCAAGAUUUUGCAUUUUGAUCUGUUAUUUCAUUUUUUGUUUUAAAUUGUGUCUGCCAAAUUCUUAAUAACAUUGCUGUUUAAGUUGUUCAGUCCAUAGAUUCAGUACUCACAGUAUGGGUAUUUGGACUGCUUGCUUGUAAUUUAGAACUGCUGCAAACCGUAUCACCAAGAAAGGAUUUCAGUGACUUGUUUUAAUAAGUUUAACAAGAGAUUUCUGUUGUUACAAUGUAGUUUUAUACUGAUGACUUAAAGUUGAGUCCUCAUGAUAAAGGCCAUCAUUGAUGAGUUCAACAAAUGCUUUACAUACUUCACAUAGUGAUGAAAUAAAUGUGAUGCUAUGAUGUAUUACCUUUUUUGUUUCAUGUAAUAUAUAAGAAAACAUAAAUAUAGAAAUAUAUUUGCCCUGAUUACACAAAAUACUUCUAUUGACUGUUUCAUAAAAGUAUAAUCGUGCUGUGGCAGAUUUUUAUCCACUCCUGAUAGCAAUGACAGAAUAAACAAAAUGUUAAAAACUGUAA